UGCAGCCUGUGGCUCCAGAGGCACAUCCCUGCAGAGAGUCCAAGAUUCUGACACGAUGAGGAAGCAUCUCGGUGGAUGGCUGCUGGCCAUUGUCUGUGUCCUGGUCGUCAGCCAUCUGUCCGUGGUCAAGGCGAGAGGCAUAAAGCACAGAAUCAAGUGGAACCGGAAAGCCCGGCCGAGCACCGCCCAGAUCACCGAGGCCCGGGUGGCCGAGACCCGCCCGGGAGCCUUCAUCAGACAAGGCCGAAAGCUGGACAUCGACUUCGGAGCCGAGGGCAACCGGUACUACGAGGCCAACUACUGGCAGUUCCCCGACGGCAUCCACUACGACGGCUGCUCGGAAGUCAACGUGACCAAGGACAUGUUUGUCUCCAGCUGCAUCAACGCCACCCAGGCGGCCAACCAGGAGGAGUUUUCCCGGGAGAAGCAGGACAUGCUGUACCAGCGCGUCCUGGGGCGGCUCGUCAGCGAGCUCUGCGCCGUCAAGAGCUGUGAUUUUUGGCUGGAAAGGGGAGCAGGACUUCGGGUCACCGGGGACCAGCCCGUGAUGGUCUGCCUGCUGGUUUCCAUUUGGUUCAUGGUGAAAUAAGUCUUGCCAGGAGGCUGGCAGCCACAGAGAUGAGCUGGUGAGCAAAGCACGGAGAGGGUUACCCCAAACCCUCACGUGUUCUCAAGG